UAUAUAUAUAUAUAUAUAUGUCUAUUAAACGGUACAACGAUGUUAUUGGAAACAGAGAUAUGGGCACAUGCAAAUGUUAUCGUAUCAACAGCAUGGCACAAAGAACACAGAUAUGAACCGAUAUGAAGUUAAAGUAAAAUACUGCAAAGAACGAAAUCUCAACACUGUCAUAACAACAAGAGGCCCAUGUACUAAGAAACCAACAUUAAAACUAGGCGAGACGCAAAAAAUAAUGAUAGUUCAAAAACGAACGAAGACAUGUUAUCUUGUACACUCUAUGGAGAGUAGAAAGUCUGUUAUCACCUUGUGUGAUAAACUACGCGAAGUAGAAAAUAACUUGAGACGCAUCCAGAAAGUUGAAAAGUACGACAUGUGCUUGAUAUUUUUUGGCGCUGAAUGGUACCGUGGGAAAAUUAUGGACGAGGCGAACGAUGGUAUGUUAAAAAUUUACUUGAUUGACAUUGCACAAACGAUGUUGUUUAACCGAAGAUAAGUCUACGAAAUGCCAAAGCACUUUGAAGGAGAGUCUUUAUUAAUUGAAAUUGUUGUAAUACCUCCGCCAAAAGAAAUGCUAACUACUGUUUAUGCUAACGUAGUAGCAAUAAAAACUAUUGGACCGAGUACGGUGGUGAAACUGAUUUGAUUAUAAAAUACUAUACUACCUUAUAACUCCUAUUCAUUUGCAUUCGACAGUCAAUGUAUAUAUUCCUUAACUGUCAAUGAUGUCUUUUUAUAUUAUAUAUAUUUUUUUCAUUACAUUUAUUAUGAACUAUUUGUAUUUUCAUA